UUCAUUGAUGGGCUGGGAUCACGCCCUAAAGCGCCCGCGGUCGCGAUCGGUGGAGAAAGGGCUUCUGACUGACAGCUUCCACGCAGGCGAUAAGUGCUGUCCCAGCGCUAUCAGCAGGGCGCCGCGCCAACUCCUAGGGCCUGUCUAAAUUCGUCUGCCUUCCCCCUCCCCCACUCCCCUCGCCGGCCGGGAGAGGGUAGGAUGGGGUGGAGCGGAGAGAGGCCGCCAUGAGGACCCUGAGAGCCAUGGCCAUGCAGAAAAUCUUUGCCCGGGAAAUCCUGGACUCCAGGGGCAACCCCACUGUGGAGGUGGACCUGCACACGGCCAAGGGCCGAUUCCGAGCAGCUGUGCCCAGUGGCGCUUCCACAGGUAUCUAUGAAGCUCUGGAACUAAGAGAUGGAGAUAAAUCUCGCUACCUGGGGAAAGGGGUCCUGAAAGCUGUGGAACACAUCAACAAGACCCUUGGCCCCGCGCUGCUGGAAAAGAAACUAAGUGUGGUGGAUCAAGAAAAAGUUGACAAAUUUAUGAUUGAGCUGGAUGGGACAGAGAAUAAAUCCAAGUUUGGGGCCAAUGCCAUCCUGGGCGUGUCCCUGGCCGUGUGUAAGGCUGGAGCAGCUGAGAAGGGGGUGCCGCUCUACCGACACAUUGCAGAUCUCGCGGGGAACCCAGAGCUGAUCCUCCCAGUCCCCGCCUUCAACGUGAUCAACGGGGGCUCCCAUGCUGGAAACAAGCUGGCCAUGCAGGAGUUCAUGAUCCUGCCUGUGGGGGCCAGCUCCUUCAAGGAAGCCAUGCGCAUCGGGGCUGAGGUCUACCACCACCUCAAGGGGGUCAUCAAAGCCAAGUACGGGAAGGAUGCCACCAAUGUGGGUGAUGAGGGCGGCUUUGCACCCAACAUCCUGGAGAACAAUGAAGCCCUGGAGCUGCUGAAGACGGCCAUCCAGGCAGCUGGUUACCCCGACAAAGUGGUGAUUGGCAUGGAUGUAGCAGCAUCUGAGUUCUAUCGCAACGGGAAGUACGAUCUCGACUUCAAGUCACCUGAUGACCCCGCUCGGCACAUCAGUGGGGAGAAGCUGGGUGAACUGUACAAGAACUUCAUCAAGAACUACCCUGUGGUGUCCAUUGAGGAUCCUUUUGACCAGGAUGACUGGGCUACCUGGACCUCGUUCCUCUCGGGGGUCAACAUCCAGAUCGUGGGGGAUGACCUCACAGUCACCAACCCCAAAAGGAUUGCCCAGGCUGUGGAGAAGAAGGCCUGCAACUGCCUGCUGCUGAAGGUCAACCAGAUUGGCUCGGUGACUGAAUCCAUCCAGGCCUGCAAACUGGCUCAGUCUAACGGCUGGGGGGUGAUGGUGAGCCACCGCUCCGGAGAGACCGAGGACACCUUCAUCGCCGACCUCGUGGUGGGGCUCUGCACAGGACAGAUCAAGACUGGUGCCCCCUGCCGCUCAGAGCGUCUGGCCAAAUACAACCAGCUCAUGAGGAUUGAGGAGGCUCUUGGGGACAAGGCUGUCUUUGCUGGACGCAAAUUCCGUAACCCGAAGGCCAAGUGAGAGGUUGGAGGCCCCAGGAGUGCACAGGACAGACCUGGGCCUUCAAGCCCUUCCCUCUGAAAUAAAACACUGGUGCCAACCAA